CCUUCGCGCGUCACAGUGCCUGCAACUGUUUUCCCGACGAGGACGAACCAUGGUGGAUCUAGGAGAAAAAGUAGCCCUUGUUACCGGAGGUGCUGCGGGCCUGGGAAGUGCCAUCGCAGCAGCGCUUCUCGCCGAGGGAUGCAAAGUAGCGUUGUUAGACAUUGACGAGAAGCAAGGAAUCAAAACGGCCUCGGAAUUCCAACAGAAAUAUGGAAAGGAAAGCUGCGUGUUUUUCGCAUGUGACGUCACCAACGAGGCUCAACUCGACGAGUGUUUCAAGGAUACGAGAUCAACGUUCGGUGGACUGGACAUUGUGGUCAACAAUGCUGGCAUCUUUCGUGAAGACAACUGGAGGAAGGUGUUUGCCAUUAACAUUGAGUCUGUGUAUUCCGGAAUUUUGCUGGGCUUCGAGCACAUGGGGAAAGACAAAGGCUACAACGGCGGUCACGUCAUCAACACGGCUUCGAUAGCCGGUCUCAACGUAGCACCUGCCUCGCCUGCGUACAACACGUCAAAGUGUGCCGUUGUCGCCAUGACAAGGGCAUUUGGGUCCAAGCUCCACCUUGACCGCCAUGGCGUCAAAGUCAGCUGCCUGUGUCCCGACCCGAUCGACACGGAACUGUGGACCCAAGUCUCUGAACACCUCAGCUCAGAGGAAAGAACAGCGGCGUAUUUCGACGUCCAGAACCAGAAAGUCCAAAGACCCGCAGAUGUUGCGCGAGGUGUCAUCAAGCUUUUGGAGGACGGACAGAACGGUGCGGCAUUGGUGUCUACGAGCGCACAAGGCCUUCGGUACUACAACUUCCAGGAACCAACGCCAAACAUGUAACUGCGCUAAAAAAAAGAAGAAAAAAAGACAGAUGGCAUAUUUGCUCCUUCCCAAUCAAAUC